CGCGCACACACACCCCAGUAGUAGCAGAAGCAAGAACCGAGACGGGAGAACGGAAGAGCGCAAAUUCCUUAUCUCCUGCGGGGGCAGCACGCCAUGGCCACCGCGGUCGUCCACCUCUCCGUCCACGGCCGCCUCCGCCGCUUCCCGGAGAUCGUCUCUCAGACGUGCUACCGACCCUCGCUCCUCCGCUGCCGCGCGUUCAAGCAGGAGACCGGCGGCGACGAUGAGAAGCCGUCGUCGCCACCGCCGAAGCGCAGGAAGGGACCGCUGUACAAGCUGAAGGCGGCGAUGCAGGGGCUCGCGGGGUCCCGGUCGGCGGCGGCGGAGGUGUACGGCGGGCAGUACGAGCGCGCGGUCGAGAAGGCCGAGGAGAUCUUCUUCUCUGUUGCUACCCAGGUAGGCAGAUACGUUAUCACUAUGACAAGCAGUGGUGUUGUACUUGCAGUUGGAUUUCAGUUAUCAGGUGGAGACAGCCAAACAAAUGCGCUAAUUUGGUAUAGCUGGCUUGGUGGAGUAAUUAUCGGCACAAUGUUAGGUGCAAACAGUGUCCUAGAGGAACACUGCAAAGCUGGACCCCGCAAUGUUGUCAUAACCGGAAGCACAAGAGGGCUAGGGAAAGCACUUGCUCGGGAGUUUCUUCUUUCUGGAGACCGUGUUGUAGUUGCUUCCCGCAGCCCUGAAUCAGUUAUUCAGACCAUUGAUGAGCUGGAAGAGAACAUCAAGGAGGGCUUGUCAGUUGCCAAAAAGAAACAAAGAGAAACUUUAUUACAGGCUAAGGUUGUUGGCACAUCUUGUGAUGUUUGCAAACCGGAAGAUGUGAAAAAGCUGGUAAACUUCGCUGUUGAAGAGCUGGGUUCAAUUGAUAUUUGGAUAAAUAAUGCUGGCACAAACAAAGGUUUUAGGCCACUAGUAAAUUUUUCAGAUGAAGAUAUUACCCAGAUUGUCUCAACAAACCUAGUUGGUUCUUUGCUCUGCACCAGAGAAGCUAUGGAUGUCAUGCAAUACCAAGAAAAGGGAGGUCAUGUAUUCAACAUGGAUGGUGCAGGAUCUGGAGGAUCAAGCACACCAUUGACAGCUGUUUAUGGUUCAACCAAGUGUGGACUAAGGCAGUUCCAAGCAUCACUUAUGAAGGAAAGCAGAAGAUCAAAAGUUGGAGUUCACACUGCCUCUCCCGGAAUGGUCCUUACAGAUCUCCUUCUAAGUGGUUCAUCUCUCCAAAAUAAAAAGGUGUUCAAUAUAAUAUGCGAGCUUCCAGAAACAGUAGCAAGAACAUUGGUUCCUAGAAUGCGAGUUGUCAAAGGAAGUGGAAAAGCAGUAAACUACUUAACACCACCAAGAAUCUUGCUUGCCCUGGUUACUGCAUGGGUUCGCCGAGGCCGAUGGUUUGACGAAGAGGGGAGAGCAGUAUAUGCAGCUGAGGCUGAUAGAAUUCGCAACUGGGCUGAAAGCCGAGCACGCUUCUCCUUCACAGAUGCCAUGGAGAUGUACACAGAGACUACAUGGGUUUCCGUAUUCUCACUCUCUGUCGUCUGUGCAUUCAUAAUGCUUUCCAGUUCAGGUGGACCUUUCCCUGGCACAUGAUCACUGGAGCCGGCAAGCUAGGUCAUUCUUUUCACCACAGCAAUUCUAUCAUCUAACGACAUAUGACAUGACAGUUAUCAAGGGGGCUAAGGUGAGCCCAGAUGCGCGCAAUUAUGCGCAAACUGGAUUAGCAUCAGCUACCUCACCAUUUAAGGAGAACCAUGCCCUCAGGCCUCAGAUUCAGAAAAGGGUAAAUGGCAGUUUGUUAUGUGGGCAUUCCACUAACUGUAAACUAGUCUGUAAGCUGUCUUGUAAGAACAUGUGUCUGAAGUGAUCUGAGCACGGAUAGAGUCGACGGGCGUGCUUCUCUCUUGUACAUGGGUGUAGUUAUGAUCCUUGUAAAUUCCUGAUAGUCCGCUUUGUACCCUUUGAAAAAGUAUAGCAACACAGUGUGGAACUCUGAAUAAGUGAUGCAAGUCGACAUACAUGGUUCAUCAUCUAGUUUAGGCGGGGUAAAGUGUGAAGUUCCAGAUGCGAGUAUCCCUUUUCAUUAUACCAGGGAAAGACAAAAAAAUGUUGUAUUAAAGUAAGCUUGCAAUGAAGUGGAUAUUUAUAUUAGUCA